GCCAUCUUGGAGGCGGGGACGCGUGGAGGCGAGCUCCUGCCUGCAGCUUCCUCAUCGUCUCCGGGUGGUAGUCUUAGCUCCGUGACCUCCCUGUCCCCCGCUUUUCGGCGGCCACGCAGACACUCUCGAGGGUCCCCAGUAUACUGUAACUGAAGAAAAAUGAUGGAAGAGAGUGGAAUAGAGACAACACCCCCUGGGACUCCUCCACCACAUCCUGCCAGCCUGGCUGCGGCUGCACCGUCCUCCGCCCCAGCUCCUUUAGCUGCGACCAGUUCCUUUUCUUCUCCAGAUGUGUCCUCUCUGCAGUCCCUGCCGCCACACGCCUACUCGACCCCCCAGCCGUCCCUGCCCCCUGUGAGGCCCUCAGCGCCCAUGCCUUUUGUGCCUCCCUCACCAGUUCCUUCGGUUCCAGCCCUUGUUACUUCUGUACCCCCUCCUGUGCCUCCACCACCUGCUGCUGCCUUCAGUACUCCUCCUCUGUCCCACUUCCCGCCUUCAACUUCUGCCCCGAGCGCUCUGUUAUCUGCGCCCUCUUCUGGUCCUCCUACAUCAGGAUUUUCUGUGGGUUCAACUUACGACAUUACGAGGGGACAUGCAGGAAGAGCUCCCCAGACACCCCUGAUGCCCUCAUUUUCUGCACCUCCUGUAACAGGUAUUUUGCCAGCUCCCAUUACUCAGCAAGCCAGUUUGACAUCCCUGCCACCGGGACCUGGAACCACAUCAGCCAUUACUUUUCCAGAGGAACAAGAAGAUCCUAGAAUUGGUAGAGGUCAGGAUGAAGCAUCUGCUGGUGGACUCUGGGGUUUUAUUAAGGGUGUGGCCGGGAAUCCAAUGGUAAAGUCUGUGCUUGAUAAAACCAAACAUUCAGUAGAAAGCAUGAUUACAACGCUGGACCCUGGCAUGGCUCCAUAUAUCAGAUCUGGAGGUGAGCUGGAUAUUGUAGUGACCUCAAAUAAAGAAGUAAAAGUUGCUGCCGUCCGAGAUGCCUUCCAGGAGGUCUUUGGCUUAGCUGUGGUUAUAGGGGAAGCUGGACAGUCCAAUAUUGCCCCACAACCAGUGGGCUAUGCAGCUGGAUUAAAAGGCGCUCAGGAGCGGAUAGAUAGCUUGCGUCGAACUGGAGUGAUCCAUGAAAAGCAGACUGCUGUGUCUGUAGAAAACUUCAUUGCAGAACUGCUACCCGACAAGUGGUUUGACAUUGGUUGUUUGAUAGUUGAAGAUCCCGUCCAUGGCAUUCAUCUAGAAACGUUUACUCAGGCCACGCCAGUGCCUCUGGAGUGUGUCCAACAGGCUCAAAGUCUGACUCCCCAGGACUACAAUCUGAGGUGGUCAGGCCUUUUGGUGACAGUGGGUGAAGUCCUGGAAAAGAGUUUACUAAAUGUCAGCCAGACUGAUUGGCACGUGACUUUCACUGGCAUGUCUCGUCGACAGAUGAUCCACAGUGCAGCGAAGGCACUAGCGGGCAUGUAUAAACAGCGCCUGCCGCCCAGGACCCUGUGAGAAAAGACUGAGCCCGGAUGCUGACGCUCCUCACUUGGGGCUCGAUAGUAAAGAAGAGAUUGUACCUUCUUAAAUGGGAUAACCUCGGUGAAUCCAGCAGUUUUGAUGGUUUUCCUUUAGGCUGCAGGGGUUUUUUUUUUUCUUAGAAAGACAUGGUGUCAUUCCAGUAGAUGAAAAUAAACACAUCCUUUUUAUGAUGAUAUAAUUUCAUAUACUGUAGUUCUCAAAAAAAAUUAUAUAAAUAUUUUUGUAGGACAGUUUGAUAUACCAAAUUUAUAAGGUGCAAAUUCAUGUGCUAAGACAUUUAACUUAAUUAUAUGUACUUGAUUGUUUUUUAAGAAGACAUAGUUAAUUAAAGAACAUGUGUACUGAAUAUUCUUUAAAAGCAUUGUUUCUUUUAAUUCAUGAUUAAUCUUGUCACUGUCAGGCUUUGAAGCUUUCUGUGCACGUGAUCUUAGGCCUGAUGCUGAGUGGUGUGCUCAACAAUCUACCUGAAGACACCCGCUUGGUGGGAGACGGCGUGCGUUUCUAUGCAUAUUUUUAACAUGGGCCAAAGUAACAGAAUUGAUCCUUUUCUUUUUGGUUGUCGUGUACACAGAGUCUGAAAAAUUCUACUUUUUUCUUUUGUUUAAAUAAGUUUUGGCAUUUCAUAGAUUUAUACUAUGAACAUUAGGGUAAUACAUUUUAUUCUUCAUUGCUGUAUGGCAACUAAGUGGCAAAUCAUUCAAUUAUAUUUUAAAUCAGAAGCAUUUGUGUUAUUUUCAUAUAAUACUAUGCGCUGCUUCCAAGAAGACUUGACAACAGCCGUUGUUUGUGCUUCCACUCUAUUUUCCUAACUGUAAUAGAGAAAUCUGAGAGGGAAUUACUUUGUUGUUGAUGAAAUGGUAUGUUUCUUAUUUUAGUUAAGGUUACUUCUCAUUUAGUUUGCCUUAAACACUGCUUUUCUAAGUUUGUGCCAUUCUGCCUUUACUUUUUAUGAAAGUUUUCAAAGAAACUGUUUUGUAUUCAAUCUGGUUUGUUUAGUCCAUUAUGUUUGUGUCUAGUGUAAAAGCUUUUUUUCUCCCCCAAUAAUAUAUAUUUUACCACUUUUCAAUUUAUACAAAUCAAAAUUAAAUAGCUUGUCUUAUACUUUUCAACUCUAUGCAUUCAAAUAACUUUUUGACAAUAAUUUCUUAUAUAAAUGUAAUUUAAUUUUUAUUUACUCUUUUAUACAGUUCUCUAGAUGUGAAAGAAUUAGCACAGUCUUAUAAAGGGUGUUGAGCCUCUUAUCCUGCCUGUCACCAUUACAUGUAAUGUUUGCUUUGUAUUAACAUUACUUCAAAUACUUAUUUGAUUUUUGCUAUUUUUUUUCCUGAGUCUGAGAAAAAUAAGUAUUAAUUUUGCAACUAUGGUAUAUGUUAAUUUCCAAGCACUGUGUAAUGACUGUUCAGUGAAAUUCACACUUCUCUGUCAUUAAAAGUAAUGAGAGAGAGAAAAGAGAUGUAACCAGUUGCAAUGGCAUAAUAGGGACAGAAUACUUUUUCCCCCUCUACUGGUAUUUAUUAACACUGCAUCUAUAUUUUCUCCAUUUUUCAUGAAUAAGAAAAAGAAGGCUUUCCCCUCCA